AGCACAAGGUACCUGCGAUCUACGGCUUCUAGGAUUCUUCUAGGAUCGUGGAUGAUCGGCACGUUGGUCAUCGGCCAGUAUAUAAUGGGCCAGGUCAAGGCAGCGAUGUUGAUCCGCUCUCCAGUUCCCCACAUUGACACUCUCGAAGAAAUGCUGGCACGGCGACCAACCAUACGCCCAGUCACGCUGAAAGCAACUCCACUGAUGAACAUGCUUCCGCUAUCGGGCCUUGACAGCUACCGGGCGCUGCACGGACGCAUCGUGCGCAUGAACGGUGAGCUGCAGCAGAGCGAGGUGUACUCGCUGCGCACGCUGCGCCAGGUAGUAGCGGGCAAGACGGUUAUCAUCAUGGAUGCAACUGGCAACCGCGUAUUCAUCGCGCCUCACUGCGAAAAGUUGCAACCGGCUUUCUUCCAUGUGUCGCAACAGCGCAUCGAGACUGCCGACUUCCGGUGGUACAUGAACAAGCGACUGGAUCCCCGACUGGUCGCUGCAAUGGACCGCAGAAUCCGCUGGCUGCAGGAAGGAGCGGUGCCUUUCAUGCACCACCAUGAAAUAUUCCGGAAACCAGCCACUUGCUUCCUCAACCAGAACGACGGAAGCGGGAACGAAGUUGCUGCCGGACAGUACGAAGUGUUGCACUUGGAGGACGUGCAAGCUACCUUCAUUAUUCUGCUAUGGAUGCUGGCAUUCGCCACUGUAGUGCUUCUCCUCGAAUUUAUGAGCCACAAGAGUUGCACCAUUGGGAGGCAGUAAAGACAUGCGUUUGACCAGCAACUCUUCCAUUAACGACGCUUAAACGACAUGGUUAGAUGUCUGCCUCUUUAUCUAGUCAGUGAU